CAGGGCUGUUUCGCCGGCGACCAGGGCUGGCAAAUUGCUUGCGCCGGUCGGUAUAUGUUCUGGUCUAUAUAAAUUUCACAAAUUCUGCAUAAAAUUGUGUCAGCAUGGACUCCCCGCUUAACGAUGGCACUCACAGGCCUCCUCAGCACACCCCCCACCCAUUGGCUGACUAUCAGUUCUCUGCGGAGGAGGUAAAGGCGUUACGUGAGUGCAAUACGGAAUCGUUCUUCCAGCGGAGUCUACCCUUUGGCACAGGUCUUGGUUUGUUGGCCUACUUUGGGGUCAAGAACGGUUAUUUGCAAGGACAUGGCAAAUAUGGAGCCGUGCCCAAAGUUGUCAUGGGAGUCAUCUUGGGCUACUUUGUGGGUAAGUUUAGCUACCAACAAAAGUGUGCCGAAAAGAUCAUGCGUUUGCCCAACUCCCACCUGGGCGAGUUACUGCGACAGCGGAGACAGGGCGGCGGUGUCAUCAGCUCCAUGACACCGGAUGAGAACCUGGGCAGAGCCUUCACUUUGGCCCCCUUCUCGCCCAGCUCGGCGGACGUGUACAGCGAUGAGGCCUAUCAGCCGGCAAGGAGCACAGCCCUCAACUUGGAUACGGAGUCACGGCCCACAAUGUCCGGACUAGACGAUAUUUACCGACCCACUCUGGACUCAGCUGGUUCGAUGAUGGACACAGAAUUACCGCUGGAACCGGCCAAGCCAGGUCAGUCGUAUGAGGAUCUGCGGCGAAGGAAUCGUGAGGAAUACUCCAAGCACCAGCAGAGUCCCUACUCAAAGCCCUACGAGCCACCAGCUCCUGUCCAUCAGCGACCCGUGGAGCCAGCGCGCCCUGAACCCGCUGGCAGGAAGAACCAAUACGGUGACUCCUGGACAGACUGAGCUCGAGUAUUGUUGUUUUGUUAAAUAUAAAAAUCGCAUAAAGGUCUGUUUCCAAA